AGUAGUUGUUAUUGUUGGCUAUCCUGUCUACUAAUUCAUGGCCAACCACGGUCAAUUCCCUCCUGUCCACGGUGGGGGCUCCUCCUCGGCGGCCUAUCCUCCACCCCCGCCUGCUGGGGUAUCCUAUCCUCAUCCCGAUGAGGUCUACCCUCCCUAUGUAUGGGCCCCUGCCUUCCCAGGGGGAUUCGCAUUACCGCCAGGACCCAACUACGACGACAAUCCAGCUUGGGUGCGAUUCCGGCAAGCCAUGUCUCACCCGAUGGCAACACCAGUCGUCCCUGAAGCGGCUCGGAAGAGGACCAAUGAGGUGUUGGCCCGACUGAGUGAAGAGCGCAAGCAACUCAUGUCGCGCUUCCCGCCCUUGACCCCGUCCAGUGUGGGUGGUCAGCAAUACCAAGGAGGGUUUACAACGCCGCUGCCCCGUGGGAUAGAAGGGCUUGUCUCACCUCGAGGCCAUGGGCACCAGGGGCUUGGUCCUACGAUGAAUGUGAUACACGAGGAAAGUCCUCAUCAAGAGCAAGCACCUCCUGGGAGUGCACCGACCUUCGGAGAGGGGCCGCGCUUUGGGACUGCAGAAGCCCGAUCACCGGAGGAACGGGCGGUGGCGGCGCGACGUAGGAAUACUAUGCUGCGGACAAGCCUUCCGAAUAGGCGCAGUACAAUUGAUAAUUUCUUGAAUAGAGACUUUAGGAGGUCCCUGUCGGCGGACACCAGGAUAGAGAAUGAGCCUCCGGGCGAUGCGUAUGAGGAUAAGGAGAACUAUCACAGGAGCAGUAACAUGACUGAGGGCCGCCUUCGUAACCAUCAUCUGGAUCAGACUGCAGCUUUCGGAUCGUUUGAGCCCGCACAAGUCUCCCCUAGACUUAAGAGGAGGUCUACCACGGGUGGUGUCCCCAACCGUCCGGCCCGGCCGGUAUUGUUCAGUAGAGGCACGGGCAACGCCGACAUACGGGAUGUCCAUGCAAUGUGUUGUGAUGCAUGCCCGUGUAAAAACGGGGGUAAGGCUGUGUGCUGCGAGCAUUGCUCACUGAAGGAUGAGAACCGCCAUAAGAAACGGGCUGAUCGAGGUGAAGUGAAGGACACAGCCUGCAACACUGACUGGGAGGGCGAGGGGGUCACCAAGGGGGGUCUCUCUAAUGCAGUAAAGAUGAGGAGAAAGAGGCCUCGGAAUAGCUCGCCAUCUGAUGAAAAUGGACAAGAGGGCCGACGACGUUCAUCUGAGGAUGUCUGCCACCACAUUGGGCCUUGGCGUGGAGAAGUGCCACCGAGACCUACUCCGCCAGAGGAUGCUGCUGUGCCUGAGCGUAUUGCUAGGCCGGAAAUGAGGAAGGCAGGAUCACGAGUUCGAGGGGAGCAGCAGCUCCAUCAUAGUUCCCAGACUAGUUAUGAGGGUACUUUCCAAUCGCUGUUGGAUGAGGCGGAGGCUGCGGUGACGGAGGUUGUGAAUCAGCAUGAACGCAGACACCACCAGCAACAGUCGCAUCGGGCACAUAGACGAGCACAUCAUCGGGGUGGUCAUAGAGAAGAACGCAGGAAAAAGGAAACUGGUGUCCCUCGACAGGGAGGCAGCCUGAGCUCGGCGGAUGAUCUACAACCCGACCAACCUCAGGGUAAGGGCACCAGCUACGACAGUCCGGUUGGAGGCCAUUCCAAUCCAGUUGAGGAGUCUUAUGAAGAUCCUGAUGAGACUGCGAGGCAUUUGUCCUUCGAUGAAGAUCUCUCAUUUGAUGUGGCAGUUGAGGCUGAGCCUGACUUCAUCGUCCCUGUUAUGGAUGAGGAGGAUACUAUAUCGGACAUACCUCUACCACAUGAUCAACCCCAAAGGGGGGGCCAGCACACAUUGGAGGAGAUAUCGUUUACGAAUCAACAUCGAAGAGGAGGAAGAGGCAACAAGAUGGUGGAUACUUCGUUACAAGUUGGACCGGAGCUCUAUCCUCCAGUGCCAGCUCCUACCCGGAAGAAGACGACUCAGCGUAGGAGAAAUAGAGAUCCAGAGAGCAGUGAUGGAACUCUUGAGGAAGAAUUUGAACAACACCGGUACGGCAGAGGGGCUCCGAGAUCUACUCGAAGGGCUCCUCUUGAUAUCCUCAAGGGUGAAAGAAUCAUCUAUAAGCGAACUGAUAGUGGCGAUGAUCUCAUGAUUGGAGUCCUUACCCGACACAAGCAUGAUAAAAAACGGAAUGAUCAUUCACUUGAGGGCGGCCGCAGCAGACGAUCGUCAGCGGUCGAGCGUGCGUCCUUCCACAAGAACAGGGCCAGUCAAGAGAGUUACGAUCCCAAUCAAUCAGCAGCCAUGCGAGCACCAGUGUCGGAGGGGUCAUCCCGAGCUCAGCAGAAAAGGAAGGGUCAAGUUGUGGAGAAGCGAGGGAAGAAAAAGGCAGUAUCCCGUACAAGACAACCGCAGCCCAAGGCGAAGUCGAGGGCGGCACGGAAGAAGACUGGGGUGAUCAAUGCGAAGAAGGGGGCACAAAAGGUCGCGGCGGCUAACGCAUCUAAGGGGCAACAGGACACCAUUAGGGCCAAUAAGAAAAACCGUGACUCGAGGAAGGAAGUGACGGGAACGGACGGCGUAGUGGCUCAUGCUCAUCGUGGUGGUGGGCCGACCUGUGCACAGUAUUGCCCAGAGGACAAGUGUUGGAAAAGUGAUGGUAUGGAUAGGGAGAUCCCUGCUGGUCAUAAGCUAGUUUCAUAUGCGAAGGACCGCACUAUGAAGAUUUUCACAAAUGUUCGGUGUGUGGUGCCUUUGGACUCGCAACACUUCAUGCCAGUGUUGUUCCAGCUGGGGCCCUUACAACAGAAGUUACCCGAAACGGUCUCUGAGGGCAGCUCGGCCAUCAUAACGAUCUUAGAGUGUGGUGAAGGUGGUGAUAAAGCUGUCGAUGAGUUCCCUGUUUCGGUGAAGUAUGAGGAUAAGGAGCGCUCACUUGGGGCGGGUGACUUUUUCAUUGUUCGUGCUGGGAUUACCUACAGUAUCCUCAAUGAACACCGUACGAAGGACGCCAAGAUUCUUAUGGUACUACGACAAGACACUGUGGAAGACUCUGGUCUGAACUCUGAUGUUGAGGCAUGAGGCGGCUCGGUAGUGAUGAUGUAGAUGACGGGUACAGUAUUCUUUUUAGCUUACAAUCUUACAUAUUACCCCAUCCGCUCGGUUACUUCCACCGUGGCGCUGUUAUUCGAAUUAGUGUAUCGUCGAAUGAAUGCAGUAGAGAAUACUAUUAAUAUAAGGGAGACAUGAACGGAAUCCACUUAUAAUGCAGACAUACA